CCCAAAGGAACCGACCUGCCGAUCAAUCAGCAGUGAUCGAUGACAGAUGGAGGCGCGAGUCUCCGAACCCAAACUGAUUCUGGUCUUCAGCGGGAAACGGAAGUCCGGGAAAGACUACGUGACGGACCUGAUCCAGAACCGUUUAGGUUCUGAUGUUUGCGGCGUCCUGCGUCUGUCCGGACCUCUCAAGCAGCAGUACGCUCAGGAACACGGUCUGGACCUGGAUCAGCUGAUGGGUUCUGGUCUCUAUAAGGAGCAAUAUCGAGCUGACAUGAUCCUUUGGGGGGAAAUUCGACGACAGCAGGACCCCGGGUUCUUCUGUCGCCUAGCAACCAGAGGGGUACAGCAGCCCGUGUGGGUGGUGAGCGAUGCCCGGCGGCUGUCAGACCUGCAGUGGUUCUGGUCGGAGUUUCCGCGACAGACUCAGAGUGUCAGGGUUCAAAGCUCAGACGAAACACGCCAACAGAGGGGGUGGAGCUUCUCAGCAGGUGUUGAUGAUGCAGAGUCAGAAUGUGGGUUGGACAGCAGGGUUGAAUUUGAUUGGAUCAUCACCAAUGAGACCAACGCCCCCUCGUUAGAAGAGCAGCUGCGACCAAUCCUGAAGUUGGCUGAGGAAGCAGUGUCACUGACAGCCAUGGAUCAAUAAACACAUUGAUAAGUGAUGAAUGUUA